ACCAACUUCCAAUUGUGGUUGGUCAUCAAAAAUGGCGAGCAAAUCCCAAUGAAGAAAGUGGGAGAAACCAUGGUCCCAAAGACCGAGGACGAGUUUGAUGCUAAAGAAAUCAAGGUGGAAAAUUAUGCCAAGGCCAUCAAUAUGCUACAUUGUGCGGUUAACCCCGACGACUACCGAAAGAUGUCCUAUUGCACAACCGCCAAGGAGAAGUGGGACAAGCUUGAAGUGACGUACGAAGGUACCGAUCAAGUUCAUGAAGCAAAGAUCAAUUUUCUCACCCAAGAAUACGAAAUGUUCCGAAUGAAGGAAGGUGAGAAAAUCGACGACAUCUUCGACCGUUUUUCAAAAAUCAUCAAUGAUCUUCACGCCUUGAAGAAAAGCUACUCCAACAAGGAUCUAGUGAGGAAGAUCCUUCGCAGCUUGACUCCCGAAUGGCACUCCAAGGCCGAUGCCAUCUACGAGUCAAUUGGCGUCUCCAACGUCACAAUUGAUGGGUUAAGAGGUAAUCUCAAAACUUAUGAAUCUACCAUUCUUAAUCCAUCAUUGGACGAACAAAAGAAAAAGGAAAUAGCUCUAAAAGCCACCAAGGAACCGGUGGAAGAGGUUUCAAGCGACGAUGACAACGAGUUUGGACUCGUCACCAAAAAGUUCCACAAAUUCAUGAAGAAGGAAUUUGAGUGGAAGGGAAGGAAGCACGACGGUCCUCCUAAAUGCUAUGGCUGUGGCGAGAGCUUACAUCUCUUGGGGUGGCGAUUCCGGCGACGAAUCAACCGACCAAGAGGAGGACGAAGCUGCAAACCUAUGUCUCAUGGCACACGAAGAUCAAAGCAAUGACGUCCAAGAGGUAUGUACCACUUCUUCCGACUCUUAUACUUUUGAAGAAAUGCAAGAAGCACUUUAUGAAAUUUAUAAAGAAUUUGUUAGCGCUUCUAAAACGAACAAAUCUUUAAAGAAACAUCUUUCCACACU